AUGGCACAGAAAGGAGUCCAGCUGAAUCAGGAAACCAUCUCUUGUUCCAUCUGUCUGGAUGUACUGAAGGAUCUGGUGACUGUUUCCUGUGGACACAGCUACUGGGAUACAGAGGAUGAGAAGAAACUCUACAGCUGCCCUCAGUGCAGGCAGACCUUCACACAUUCUGUCCUGGUGAAAAACACCAUGUUAGCAGUUUUGGUGGAGGAGCUGAAGACAAGCGGAGUCCAAGCUGCUCCUGCUGAUCACUGCUAUGCUGGAGCUGAAGAUGUGGCCUGUGACGUCUGCAGCGGGAGGCAACUGAAAGCCCAGAAGUCCUACAAGGAGAGGCAGAGAGAGCUGGAGGUGAGUCGACAAAACAUCCAGCAGAGAAUCCAGGACAGAGAGAAAGAUGUGAAGCUGCUUCAAAAGGAAGCAGAGGCCAUCAAUCACUCCGCUGAUAAAGCAGUGGAGGACAGCCAGAAGAUCUUCACCCAGCUGAUCCGUCUCAUGGAGAGACAAUGCUCCGAUGUGACCCAGCAGAUCCGAUCCCAGCAGGAAAGCCAAGUGAGUCGAGUCAAAGAGCUGGAGGAGAAGCUGAGGCAGGAGAUCGCUGAGCUGAAGAGGAAAGACGGAGAGCUGCAGGAUCACAACCAGUUUCUACACGACUACCCCUCACUGUCAGCACUCAGCCAACCUACACGCUCAUCCAGCAUCCAUAUCCGUCCUCUGAGGUACUUUGAAGACGUGACAGCGGCUGUGUCAGCAGUCAGAGAUAAACUACAGGACGUCCUGACAGAGACAUGGACAAACAUCUCAGUCACAGUGACUGAUGUGGAUGUUUUACUGCCACAACCAGAGCCCAAGACCAGAGAGGAGUUCAUCAGAUAUUCAUGUGACAUCACACUGGAUCCAAACACAGCAAACAGAUAUCUGUUAUUAUCUGAUGGGAACAGAAAAGUUACACUGAUGAGUCAACCACAGUCUUAUCCUAGUCACCCAAACAGAUUCACUGGAGAGUAUCAGGUCCUGAGUCGAGAGAGUCUGACUGGACGAUGUUACUGGGAGGUGGAGUGGAGAGGAGGGGUUUAUGUAGCAGUCGCAUACAAGAAUAUCAGCAGAACAGGAGACUGGACUGAAUGUAGAUUUGGAUGUAAUGACAAAUCUUGGUCGGUAUAUUGUGAUUACAGUAAUUAUGUCUUUCUGUGCAACAAUGUCCUGACUCCUGUCUCUGGUCCUCGGUCCUCCAGAGUGGGAGUGUACCUGGAUCACAGAGCAGGUAUUCUGUCCUUCUACAGCAUCUCUGAAACCAUGACUCUCCUCCACAGAGUCCACACCACAUUCACUCAGCCUCUACAUGCUGGACUUUGUGUUCAUGAUGGCACUGCUGAGAUGAGUAAGCUGAAGUAG